AUGGCGAUGUGGUAUUCGCUGGGUAUUGCGUUCUUCGCUGCCAUCGGCACUUUUUUGUUUGGGUUUGAUACGGGUAUCGCGACGACGACUAUUGCACACCAGAGUUGGAUUGAUUAUAUGCACAAGCCUUCCCAUGGCUUGACAGGAGCUGUGGUGGCCGUGUAUAUCGCCGGCGAGGCCGGUGGUGCCCUAACACAGACAUUCAUCGGUGAUAAACUCGGGCGCAUCCGGUUCAUGCAACUGAUGUGUGUGAUCGUGACCAUUGGCACCGUCAUCCAGACUGCCUCUAUCAACAUCGGCAUGUUCCUCGCUGGCCGCGUGCUAGCCGGCUACGCAGUUGGCGGCAUGGUCGCCACAGUGCCCAUCUACCUCAGCGAGAUAUCCGACCCACGCUUCCGCGGUCUGAUCGGUGGUAUCUCCGGCUGUGGCAUCUCCUUCGGUACCAUGGUGUCCAACUGGGUCGGCUUCGCUUGCAGCUAUGCCUCCUAUGGUCCCGUGCAAUGGCGUCUCCCAUUGGGUAUCCAGAUUCCCUGGGGUGUGAUCAUGUUCGUCGGCUUGGCGACGUUCAUGCCCAACUCACCGCGUCAGUUAAUUCGUAACGGGAAGAUUGAAGAGGCCCGAAACGAGUUUUCGCGCAUUCGACGUGGCGUGAAUCUGCAUGAGGUCGAGGAGGAGUUUGUGCAGAUGCAGGCGCAGAUUGAGUAUGAGAUGGAGAGGGAGAUUAAAAGUUAUCGGGAGAUUUGGAAACUUUUCCGUCGUCGGGUGUUGGUAUCCAUUGCAGUGCAGACGAUGACUAGUCUGACUGGUGUCAAUGUAAUUCAGUACUAUCAAACAAUCCUGUACAAAUCUCUCGGCAUCGACUCGCACUCGAUUCUCGCCCUGGCCGCCGUCUACGGCACCAUCGCUUUCUGCUCCAACGCCAUCACCACAAGGUUUCUGACGGACCAGUGGGGCCGCCGCAAGAUGCUGAUCACCGGAUUGGCGGGUAUCGUUCUCAUCGAGAUCUACGCCGCUGUCAUGCAGCGCGAGUUCCAGAAUACGAAUAACCGGGUCGGCAAGGGCUUUGCUAUUCUGGGAAUUUACCUCUUCGUCGUGUGCUACUAUGGUAUGCUUAACAGUACGACCUGGCUGUACGGCGCAGAAGUCCUGCCCAUAGCGCUAAGAAGCAAAGUGAUGGGUCUCGCAGCAGCGUCACACUUCAUCGUUAAUGUUGCCAUCACCGAAGCCGGACCGAGCGCUUUUGCUACUAUUCACGAGAAUUACUACUACGUGUUUGUAGUAUGCUCGGCCUUUUUUCUUGUCAUUGCAUACUUUUUCUUCCCUGAAACCAAGCAAAAGACUCUUGAAGAAGUCGCCGCUUCCUUCGGCGACCGGGUUGUUCUGGCUGAGCAGGCUCCUAAGCGAGUCUCUGUCACGGGAAAGGCCGACCACGUCGAAACAGUCGGUGAGUCUUCGUCGGCAUAG